AUGAGGCCGUUUCUCCCAUUGCUCUCGCUGAGCGCAGUCGCCCAGGCGCUGUACUUCUACAUUGACGGAACCUCGCCCAAGUGCUUCUUCGAGGAGCUCCCCAAGGACACGCUUGUUGUUGGCCACUACACUGCCGAGGAAUGGGAUGACCGGAUCAACCAGUGGGCCAAGCAUGAUGGUCUCAGCAUCUACAUCUCCGUCGAUGAAACCUUCGAUAACGACCACCGCGUAGUUUCCCAGCGCGGCCAGGCAUCGGGCCGCUUCACCUUCACGGCCGCCGACGCUGGCGACCACAUGCUCUGCUUCACCCCGUCUUCCACCUCUGGCCGCGCCGGCUGGCUCUCGCUCCAUUCCCACAACGGUGGUAUCCGCCUGACGCUCGACCUCGCCAUCGGUGAGAGCACCGAGAUUGAGAGCUCUGACAAGAGCAAGCUCGAGGAUAUCGCGACCCGCGUCAAGGACCUCAACGCUCGUCUGCAGGAUAUCCGCAGGGAGCAAGUCUUCCAGCGUGAACGCGAAGCCGAGUUCAGAGAUCAGUCCGAAUCCACCAACGCCCGUGUCAUCAGAUGGAUGCUCAUUCAGCUUACUGUGCUCGCCGUUACCUGCACCUGGCAGCUGUCGCACCUGCGGUCAUUCUUCAUCAAGCAGAAGCUCACGUAA